CUACAUCCCCCAUAAUGCCCCGCGCGGGGGAGCGGGGGCUAGAACACUGCACUGCCACGAGUUCCUUGUGCCCCGCCAGCCCCAGAUCCGACGCCGGCCAUGCCCAGCCUGGGGUUGCAGCCGCUCUGCACAGAGCAAUACGGUUCCCGCAGUGCCCGGUGCUACCUGCCCUCUCCCGACGGGCACCUCAGCUGUGUGGGGGAUGAUCCCGGGCAUGUGGGGUGGCGCUCGCUUCAGGAGAUCUUUAUGUCCGUGUUUCUGCCUCAGGGGUACCCCGAGAGUGUGAGCCAGGACUACCUGUCCUACCAGAUCUGGGACACUGUGCAGGCCUUUGCCAGCAGCAUCACAGGGGCACUGGCCACACAGGCAGUGCUGAAGGGGGUGGGCGUGGGGGACCAGACCUCAACUGUUGCUGCAGCCACGGUCACCUGGAUACUCAAAGAUGGGACGGGGAUGCUUGGCCGGAUCCUGUUUGCCUGGAUGAAAGGGAGCAAACUGGACUGUGACGCCAAGCAGUGGAGGCUCUUCGCAGAUGGGCUCAAUGACCUGGCCAUCUUCAUGGAGAUCUUGGCCCCUGCCUUCCCAGCAUGCUUCACUCUCAUCGUCUGCACCAGCGGCUUCUUCAAGUGCAUCGUAGGAGUGGCCGGAGGUGCCACCCGGGCAGCCCUCACCAUGCACCAGGCCCGGCGGGACAACAUGGCGGACGUCUCGGCCAAGGACGGGAGCCAGGAGACGCUGGUGAAUCUAGCCGGCCUGCUCGUUAGCCUCCUCCUCAUCCCCCUUCCCCCCCCUUCUCCUUGGGCCCCGCUGUUCACGGCUCUACACCUCUACGCCAACUACCGGGCCGUGCGGGCCGUCUGCAUGGAGACGCUCAACCGGGCCCGGCUGCGCCUUGCCCUGCACCACUACCUGUGCCAGGGCUGGGUCCCCACGCCUGCCCAGGCCAACCCUCGGGAACCCCUGCUGCCAGGAUUCCAGCGGCAUCUUGGGAUAACUCUGGGGGUCUCACUCCCCGUGCUGGUGUCCAGCGUAGCUGAGUUCCAGCAGGCCUGCCAGGGCAACACGAGGAACUAUCUAAUCGCUCUGAACCGAAAAGCUGGCACCGUGGCUGUGGGGCUGCGCUAUGGGUCGAGCAGCGUGGAUGCCAUCAAGGCCUGCGCCCACGCCUUGCUGCUGGAGGCCCUGCUGUGCCAGGCUCUGCCCCCGGGCGCCCUGGAGGGAGAAUCGCUG